GGUGUUGGAAUCUUCUGAACAGGAGCACGAACACGCUUCGUUAGAUCAAUAUUCUAUAAAAUACCAAAAAAUGGUACAGAAAAUCAAAGUAGAGCGACCGUCCACCGAUGAUGAUACAGGCUCCGACAGCGACGUUCCGUCGACUCCACUAGCCGCUUCCACUCAGCGAUCACCGCUGAAAGCCGAACGCCAUGCCGAUAGCAGCAACAGCAGCAGUGGGUCGACCUCCGGCGACGACGACUCCGAAGACUACCAACCGGCCUCCCAAGAGCGCAUCGCCAGUCCCGUCGAUCCGGAACGGUCCGGCGCCACAAUGGACAAGUACUUUUCCAAAUUCCCAUACGUCCGGCCAAGCAAGAAAAAGUACUGCGUCGACGUUGAUUUGACCGACCCGGAUGACGAGGUCUGGAUUGUUCGCUGCCCGGCUUCGGUGGACGCGAAGAAGUUGCUGCUCGGUGCUAAAUUUGAGGAGUGUCGGUUUGGCCAAGCGAGUAAAAUAAAAUCAACGCUCAAAGGUCAACCACCGAUGGAGGGCUUCGCCGUUGAAAACACAAGCCGGAAGCCGGUUGUAGUUUUGUCCGGGAACGAAUUCAAAUCUUUUAUCCCCGAGGGAACAAUUCAAAUUCGCGACGUGCUCAAAAGCAACACAGCUUCAAUGAAACAGGAAGGCGCUCCACUCCCAGAAGAUGAAGACGAUUCCGUUCCGUACCCGGAAAACCUCCGCGAUCGCCACCCACUUCUCGGUUUAAAUUACAAAACAGCACUCAAACUGCCGAAAAAGGUCAAGAAAUCCCUUUCGUUGGCCCAGCAACGUGCAGAGGCGUGCUAUCUGCAGCAGGAAGAAAAAGCGGCCAAAGAACCGAAAAGCAGCAGUUCGCCGUCGAAGAAGAAGAGGAAACGCAAGGCUUCAGACCAUUCGGGCGAUGAAAUGAUGAUCCCGGUGGAGCAGAUCAAGCAAGAGGUCGAUGUGGUGCCGUCGCCCGCGAGGAAAAAGGUCAAGAAGGAGAAGAAGGUUAAGGGGGAACCGGCGGUGGAGGACGAUUUGUCCUGGUUGCACAACAUCUGAGCUUGCGAAUGGGUUGAACUGUAUCAAUACAAAAGCAAUUCGUUGAAUUU